CCCUGCCGGUCCAUUGUGAGUCUGCGUUCAUCUGGAGCGCACUCUUCCAGACGCGGUACCCAAGUGGCGCACCACGACAUGCAGCGCUGAACGAGGAGAGCACCUCUUUGAAGAUGCCAGCUUCUCAAACCACACAUUCUGGUUGAGUGACGAGCCUGCAGUCCGAUCGCCGCCAUGAUAGCCACGGGUGGCCUGCUGCGCAUGAACAGGCGCCAGGACUCCCUCCGCUCUAAAAACCGAGCGGAAAACAAGAGGAAGCGGAAAUGCAAGAAGAAGAAGAAGAACGACGUGGUGGUGGUGAAGGGGAAGCUCAACCUGUUCUCCCCGGCCGGUUUUGUGGCUGCUUUGGGACUCGUAGUUCUCAUGGUUGGGAUUUCCAUGGCGGUGCUGGGUUACUGGCCCAGCAAGAACCAGCAGCCGUACCAGGAUCGCCGCAGGACCGGAGGAUACCACAACAGGAUGAGCUACUCCAAAAGCCCGCCCGUUUCCUCUAACUUGACCCGCAACAAGCCUCCCUCCGGACAGACCGGUUUGUUCAACCAGAGCCAUUCUAACAGCAGCGCCCAGGAGCCCUCGCCUCACUGUGGCUUCCUGUGUGACUUCCUGAAUAAUUACCUGUACUCGGACAAUCUGAAAGUCUUCGGACCGCUGGUGAUGGGAAUCGGCAUUUUUCUCUUCAUCUGCGCCAACGCCGUCCUCCACGAAAACCGAGACAAGAAGACAAAAAUCAUCAACUUGCGGGACAUCUACUCCACUGUCAUCGAUCUGCACAGCAUACGGUCCAAGGAGUACUCGCCUCUGAACGGCUUGGUGAACUACACGCAGUCGAGGAGCGCCGAGGGCCCGCCGGGCUCCUUCCCCGCCAGCGGGGCGCUGACCCGCAGCUCCUGGCCCUCCACUGGCCUCGGCCUCCAGGGCGAGUUGGGCGCCGUCGACGUGUUGAGGCGCCCGUCGGCGGCCAGCAGGCCCCGCAGCUGGUCCAGGGAUGUCCAGACCUUCACGGACACCGUCUACAGCAUCUACAAAGACUACAGCAAUAGCAGCGAGCAGGCCCCGCAGCCCCGGCAGUGGGAGACCACCUCCAUCGUCACCUCCUCCGUGAACGCUUGCACCCUCCCCGUGAUCAAACUGAACAACUGUGAGGUGGAGGGGUCAGAGCGAGCGGGGGCAGAGGGACGCCCGGAGGAAAGGGUCGCCGACGAGGCGGCCGCCGCCGCCGGAAGCGCCGGCGAGGAGGGACGGACCGGCGGCAGCGCGAGCGACGAGACGGACGCCAGGGAGAAGGACGCCUCGGCGACGGAUUCCCCGCAGCGGCGUCGGAGCCACGAGGACGUAACCGCGGAGACGGUCGACCAACAGGGGGCGCCACCGGCCGGGCCUCAGCAACCGUGGACCCAGCUGUUCCCUCCGUCACCCGUCGCCAGGCCGACGGGGUCACGAAUGUCGCUCAACUCCCUCACAGAUCAGCCCAGGCCCGCACGCCGCUGCAGCCUGUCCAUGUCCGCCGGUCGCCAAGGCGACAGAGCCAGGCGCUUCAGCUGCCCUCGGCUGGAGCGCUCCAACAGUAAGGGCUACAUCAAACUGGCUGAUCUGGGGGGCGAGUCCUUCGAAGCGUCAGACACGGACACUUCUGUGGUGGCGACCGGAGAGGGAGUAGCAACGGACGCGGGCGAGGAAACGGCGGAGGAAGACGCUCAGGGAGAGGACAACCUGCUGACAUCCGUCACCUGUGCAGAGUCGUAGACCUUUUUUUUUUUUCUCUGAUGAGCGUCCGAAAACUGUUUGAUGUCUCGUUUCUUUGCUUCGUACCUUCCUCUUUGAUCGCCCAACGUGAAGCCGGCCAAUCGGGAGAUCCGGAGGGGGAAGCAGCUAAGGACUAUCGAAACAUAGCCAUGAACACUUAAGAGCGAGGCUCUUUAUAAAUAUCACAUCCACAGCUCAAUAAUCAGAUGUAAUUUUUCUAUUUUUUCAAUGUAGCAAGAGCAAUACUAAAUACUUGUAGGAAGAUUUAGUAACGAUUUUCAACAAAAAAAGAAAAUCUGAUCUGAUGAAUAUUCAUUUUUCUUUUGUAUAAACGUAGGGCAAACAAUGUAGCCUGUAGAAUUGCCAAAACUGUCACUGAGAACUACUGUCUGACAUGUUGUACUGUAGCAUUGAAUCAUGCCACAGAAAAAUAAAUAGACUAGAACCGUUUCUCUACAUCGUUAUGUGAAUACCACGUGAAUAGGUGAACUGAAUUGAAUCUCAGGUAGAUGUUUGGUUUAGGAUCAGGACCUGAAGGACCAGGUCUUCCCUGUGCACACUUGUUUAGAAGAAGCAUUCAUGGUUGAAUAAACUUGACUGUAACACUCCUCUUGCCGGGUCUCUUAGUUGUAUGUGCUUGAUAAUAGAUUACGAACAGCAAAUAGUUUGUUUGCUCCAUAUAGGUUUUAAUGAAAAUAAAUGGAACCAAGUGAAAAGAGACUGUGUGGCUACGUGUGUGAUAAUCAUGCAGAUGGUAUAGAUUUAUACUUCCUGCACUUCUUCUCAUUACUGCAAGACUGCAGUGGUAUUGAUGUUACACUGUCGGUGCUAAGUGAACUGAGACCAGUAACCUAUACGUGACAUUUAUAGCAGCCUUUUUAAUAAUUGGCUUCACAGUUAAAAAGUGGAAAUUAACGGAGGCUUUUUUUUGCUGAUUCUGAUGGGUGACACGUUGAAGCGAAAUGAGUGUACUGUACACGUCUUAACAAGGAACAACCCUAACAUGUCUCACUCAAGUGUUCAAUUGGGUUGAGAUCUGCUGACAGGGAAGGGAAAAUCAUAUAAUUCGCUUACUUUUCAUACUGUUUGUGCCCUGUAUAAAAACAUGUGCAACCAUUA